AUCACAUCAUCCCGUCGUGACUCGUAUCGUGAACAAAGUUGCGAUCGAGAAUUCGAGAUGGUUUAAUCCCUGACUUCGCCGGUUGCUCGUCACAGUGCUUGUUCUCUCCAUCGCUCUUCCUCUUCCUCAUCUCCGUUGAGGAGUAGCAAUGGAUGCGGGGAAGAAGAAGCCCAUGGUGUCGGAUGCGGGGGCUUGGGCGAUGAACGUGGUCAGCGCCGUCGGCCUUAUCAUGGCCAACAAGCAGCUCAUGUCUGACAAUGGCUAUGCUUUCUCCUUCGCAACCACUCUAACGGGGUUCCACUUUAUUGUGACGGCCCUUGUUGGUUGGAUUUCAAAUGUAACAGGGUUAUCGACCUCCAAGCAUGUCCCUUUAUGGGAGCUCUUGUGGUUCUCCAUUGUUGCUAAUAUGUCAAUUACUGGGAUGAAUCUUAGCCUCAUGUUGAAUUCCGUUGGAUUUUAUCAGAUAUCUAAGUUGAGCAUAAUACCAGUGGUAUGCUUCAUGGAAUUUUUCUUGCAUAGUACGCACUACUCGUCUAGGGUGAUAGUGGCUGUUACAGUUGUGGCAUUGGGUGUUGGUAUCUGUACAGUCACUGAUGUAGAGAUCAAAGUGAAGGGCUUGGUUUGUGCCUGUGUAGCAGUAUUCUGCACAUCAUUGCAGCAGAUUACAAUUGGGUCAUUUCAGAAAAAAUAUGACAUUGGUUCUUUUGAGCUUCUAAGUAAAACUGCACCAAUUCAGGCUCUCUCUCUUCUCCUCUCUGGUCCAUUUGCAGAUUACUAUCUAAAUGGUCACUCGAUCUUCAAGUACCAUUAUUCUGUUGGAGCAUUACUUUUCAUACUUGUUUCAUGUAUCCUGGCUGUCUUCUGCAAUACCAGUCAAUACCUCUGCAUUGGUCGAUUCUCUGCAACGUCAUUCCAGGUCUUAGGGCACAUGAAAACUGUGUGCGUGUUGAUUCUCGGAUGGCUGCUCUUUGACUCAGCUCUGACCCUGAAGAACAUUCUGGGGAUGUUACUUGCGGUGCUCGGCAUGCUGUUUUACAGUUGGGCAGUGGAACAUGAGAAAAAAGUUAAGCUGGCGUCAGAUAUCGGGAUCGAGAACACAUCGGAAGAGGAAGACACGAUACUUUUGGGCAAGAAAAGUGGUAUUGAUAAGGAUGAUAUCGAGCUUCCUCGUUCAGAGAGCUAAGUCAGUUAACUGUUUUUUCUUCGCUUAUCAAUUCUACACUUGUUUUUCUCCAUUAGGGUUUUCAUUUAUUUUUAAUUUUGUCAUUUGUUCCGAAAUUGUAUCGAAUUAUGUUGACCAUUAUUUUUUCUUUCGACGUUAACUUCUGUCACAUCGUA